UGUUAAAAGAGUAUCUGCUGUCAGAUGCCAGAAACGCACAUCCAGACGAUAGGGAUUUUACUGUUAUCGCGUUUGAAGCGGUAAUAUUUAUGAGGUUAUGUAUCGUAUAUAACAUACAGACAAAGCCCCUAGCAGACAGCGUCAUUACCCUCUCGAACGCGCAUUUCACAGCAAGUUCAAACAUUGGUAAGUUGUGAAUGUUCAGUGAUGGAUUGUGAUGAUGACACUCACGACUCUGCAUCAGGUGAAAAAAAAUUACCGCUAAACAGUAAGGACAUAGGUGAGCCUGCAAAUGUCACCAGCAAUAUUAGAGUUGCUGUGGAAGAGAACAAGCAGUCAACAGGAAGUGAUUCAUUACAGGACUCACAUAACAUAAGAAAGAAAAGUGAGAGUGAUGUCAUAAACACUGAAGGCUCAGACAUUAAUUAUAAUGAAAGUGAAGGUAUGGAAGUAGAAAAAAGUAGAAGCACAGAAGAAUCUCAUAAUGUUAAACAAGCUGUGACCAAUGAGAAUGUGACUUCAAAAAAAGCCAAAAGUAAGGAAUUUGAAGAACUGAAUAUCAAGGAAAAGGGGGAACAUGAUGAAACACAUGACAGGCAAAAGAAGGAAACAAGUGACAAGGAAGAGAAGGAACUUGAAGAUAAUCAUGACAAGAAAAAAGAGGAAGUUAAUGAAGUGAGUAAGAAAAAGAAAACAGACAUUAAAGACAUAAGAGACAAGAAAAAGAAUGAAAUUGAAAAUGCAAUUGACAACAAAUUGAAAGAAAUUGAGAAAAUGUGCUAUGGUGAACGUAAUGAAACUGAACUGAGUGACAAGGAAAAGACAGAAAUUGAAAAGGAGAAAGUUGAACCGAGUGAUAGUGGAAAGAAGGCUGAAAAGACGUCAGAAGGUGGGCAAAAAGUGAAUACAAGAAAAGGGUUCUUGGUGAGGACAGGAAGUGAGGAGUAUGAUGUGGAUGUUAAUGAAACAAAUCCGUACCCAGAUCAUAUAAAUUUUGUAGAUGUUGAUGCACCUAACUGUGAUUCUUCUCCUAUGGUUAUUGAUGCUGAUGGUGAUAGUAACGAUGAGAUAGUAAUGAUAGGAAGAAAGAAAGGAACUAGACAGUAUAGAACAUCCGCUAACAAGGAGAAGGGUAAGACAGGUGUCAAUUCUAAUCGUGACAGCAGCCCAGAGGUUGUCCUGCAAGAGAAAUUUUGCAAGAGGCGUCAAGAGAUUGUGAUCAACCUAGAUGAUGAUAAUGAUGAUAUUGAAAUUGAAACCAUAAAGAAAAAGAAGAAGAAAAAGAAGUUGAAUGCACCUAAAGGUGUAUGUUGUUGUAAUAUAGAAUGCUCAACUCCUGGUCAAGACUUGAGGAGUGCACCUGUGUUUGUUUUGACGUACUAUGGACGGAAAUACAAGAAAGGAAGGGCACAAAAAGUUUGUGCAGUGUGCUUUGAAGUAGCCAUGCAACAUUAUGAGCACUUGUCUUAUCUUCUGUCACAACACAAACCACUAAUGACAGCCAAGUUCCCGCCUCGGAAUGAUACAGUUGUUCUUACAGAUUCAGAAGAAGGAUCUGAAGAAGAAGAACCAUUGCCAGAUGAUGUGCUGGAAGACCUCAAGGAGAAGCUGCAGGAAGUUAUAGAAUCCACCUUGGAGAAGUAUGACUUUAACUACCAGAUUGAAGCGUCACGGAACAUUAUUAGUAAUAAAUUGGAUGAACUAAGUGUUGCUUUCAGAGAAACAGAUGACAUGUUUACUGAAAUGCAGAAAAGAAUGGAUGAUUUACGAAAUGAAGUCUACAAGGAUUUUGUACCAAUAAUACAGGAACUACCGCCACUGAUAAUUGAAGAUAUUCAUUGUGAUACAAGUCCGCCUGUAAUGCAUUUGUCACCUCCAAGGAUGAUGGAUUACUUUAGACAGCAGCCACAGUACAGGCAACAGAAAACACUGAGGAUAAAACAGACUUCCUCCACACCCGUGACUCCACCAGGACUACAGAAACAACAUAUGGGGAUUACAUCGCCGUCAACAUCUGGAACUGGGCAGGCUGAUACUGUCAGGAAGUCACCAAUUGGUGAGUUAGGUUUCAUUAUUGUUGAUUUUAUAGUUACAACUUGGUAAGAGUUACCUCAGUUG